AUGGCUACGCAAAGAUUUUGCUUACGGUGGAAUAACCACCAGACCAAUAUGUUGUCAGUGUUUGAUCAGCUUCUACACGCAGAAACAUUCACUGACGUAACGCUGGCUGUAGAAGGCCAAUUGCUUAAAGCACAUAAAAUGGUUUUAUCGGCUUGCAGCCCCUACUUCCAAGCCCUUUUCGUAAAUCACCAAGAGAAACAUCCCAUUGUUAUUUUGAAGGAUGUUCCAUACUCUGACAUGAAAAGCUUACUGGACUUUAUGUACAGAGGUGAAGUCAGCGUCGAUCAAGAAAGAUUGACCGCUUUCCUGAAAGUAGCAGAGAGUCUAAGAAUAAAAGGACUCACUGAAGUAAAUGAAGAGAAAUGCGAUAUACCUGCUUUAACUAACUCGUUAAUUCAGCAGCAAAAUACCAACACAACUGCACACACACCGCCGCCACAGUUGCAUAGAAUACAUCCGUACAUGCAUCAAAAAAGGCCUGCAUCCGGCAUCCCUAGCGGAGGCGCGCCCCCUAAUUUACUAAUGCCUUUAUUGGGCAAUGCUUUAAUGCAACCGAAGCGAAAACGAGGUCGACCCAGAAAACUAAGUGGAAGCUCUAGUGACGCCCUGAAUACAGCCGCCAGUCCACCGGGUGAAUUUAUCCCAGAAUCUGCAUCGCAUACGUCUUCAAAUAGAGCGGGAGAUCAAUUACUUCGUGGCUCCCCGGAAAUGCUGGAAGUCAAAAUGUCUAUGGAUGGGUUUAAUGCUGAAGAUGGGGCAACGUCAGGAGGUGAAGAUGGUGGUGAAGCGCUAAUGAUUGACGAGGGUGAUGAUACUCAGUCAAAUGAGGCUCCCACAUCAGGAAAAGAUUCAGAAUCUGCAGAUAAUGACAAAGCGCAAAAAGAGGAAACUCACCAAAAUUUUCCAACAAACGGUCCCGUAUUAUCGAUUGAGAAUGGAUCUAUUAAACAGGAGCCUAAUUCUGAAUUUACCGAUGAUUAUAAUGAGCCGAUCGAAUAUAAGUACAACCCAGAUAGAAGCCGUGAAAAUUCUAACUCUCGGGAGGGUCCCAUAAAAGAUGCAGAUGAAAAAACAAGACUAGGUCGUAAUCUAAAGCCAAAGAAUAGUAAAAAAAUACUUCCCCAAAUGUCUAAAUUUAGAGCUCGAAGCCUGUUUAAUCAGCUUUCUGGCCUGUCUAACUUGAAUCCCGCCCUCAACAGCUUUGAUAAGUUCCCUCCUGAAACUGUUCUCAUGCCUGCUCUCGCUACUCAAUUGUUUGCUGCUGAAUUAGAGCAAAGUAAUUUAAAUAUGACAAGCAACGAAGUAUCUGAUUUAGCGCAAACUAAUUGGGAACAUCGCAUAUUUCCCUCACCUAUUAGGAAAAAUAACAUAGGUAACGUUGGCAACUACCAUGAAGAGACCAACGAAUCCGUAAGGGACUAUUGCAUUAAGGAAGGCGAAAACGUUUUCAGGUGCAAAAUUUGUGCCAGAGUUUAUACUCAUAUCAGCAACUUCUGUCGACAUUAUGUCACUUCUCACAAAAAAGAUGUCAAAGUUUUUCCUUGUCCCAUUUGUUUUAAAGAGUUUACUCGGAAGGACAAUAUGAUUGCCCAUCUUAAAAUCAUACAUAAAAAUCAGCCGAAUGCCAAUGAGCAAACGGCAAAGCAGGAGUCU